AUGGUUAAGUUGAUUCCCAGGGAUCAAGAGACUUACGGCAAAUCGGUGCUGGGCGUGCCGACCCCUGGUUUGACAGCCGUAUCAACAGUCUGGGUGCUCGGUGUGGUAACAAAGGACUGGACGUUCGAUGGUAAAACAACGGAUUGGCCAUUCAGUGGUAAAACAACGGAUUGGGUUUUCGAUGAGUCAACUGGUGUAGUUGGGCUGUUCAUGUCAAUUCAGCAGUCAGAAGAUGCCGAUCAAAUUGAGCAAAUAUUGUCAGCGCAACCCAAAGCGAAUAAACAUGUAAAAACCAUCUUCGAGGUAGAGAAGAAAUCACCUGCAAGGACUGCAAAGACAAGUCCAAUGGUAAAACGCAUAGUUGUUGUCACGUUUCGAAUGCCCGAUUGGCCGGCUUGGAUGUGUUUCAAUUAUUUUGAAGCGUGA